UUAUCGACAUAAAUACAAUUAAUAAUAAUAAUAAUAAUGGAAGCAAGCGCAGCAUUUACCGGGGACGUGGACAAAACGCAGAUACCACCGCUAAAUCAAAAGCGUAUACUCGCUUUUGUUAAUCACUUCUUACUAAGUACCUGCAAUUUUCUCAAUGAAUUUGCCUUGAAUUGCGAGACCAAAUUCGUGCGAAUGGAGCGACAGCUUCAACGAACUGAAGCUGCUUUAAUAAUCCUAGAAACGAAGCUUGCAUCUAUACCGGUGGAUAAGGAAGUAGAUAAUUCCACCACAACGUCUGAAGCAAAUACUGAGGCUACAACAAACGCAACCGAUAAGCCAGAAGUAGAACCACCCGCAGAAAUAAAAGGCGUUCGGGUGUGUGAAGAUAUUCGUUACAAGAAAUACUUCAAAAUGCUGCAAGUAGGUGUACCAGCGCCCGCGGUUAAAAUAAAAAUGAGCACGGAAGGACUGGAUUCUGAAAUGCUAGAUAAACCCGACUUUAUGCUCGAGGAUGGCAUUCUGGAAUAAAAAGCGGAAUAUUGUCCUGAACAGCAUAUAUUGUGAUAUAGCAUGAGCAUGAAAUGCUACACUUUUAAAUAAUACAAUUGGUAAAAUGUACUUCUACAAUUUGUUUUAUUUUCUCACUUGUUGCCGGACAUGGCAAAACAGUCGAUGAAAACUUAAAAACACUUCAUUAUCAAAAGGUAGCGGGCUAUUACAAAUCCUGGAAGCUUAGAACUGAAUCAUCUGUCCCUUGCGCUUCUUGUCGCCGCCCAGCUCGAAGUGCUUGCAACGCUUCAGGGGUGUUUGCUUGCGGUAUUUGCAAU